CGCAUUCACAGUCUUCCUUGAACACGGCUCUUGAUCAACCCCGCCCGUCGUGUGCCUGCGUCCCUCCGCCCGGCUUCCAUACUCAGCUGCGCGCGCUGCUUCGAGUUCACCCUGGGGAACCUGUGUGGCAAGCCCUAUAGAUACGUCAUCGCCCCGACGGGUACACUACGCCGCGCAGAGUAGAGGCAUCGCCAAUUGAACAACAGGUUGAAGCUUACUCGCGCACUUGUUCGCUCAGCGAUUGCACCCUCUAGACCACCUCGCGGAACUUUCUGUGACUUUGACUAGUCAUGGCAGUUCCUACGCAACUCGCUUACCGCACAUCCAAGGGUAUUGGGGUUUUGAAUGCGGCACCGCUCUAUGAGCCGCUGCCUGGUUUCCAGCGUCCCGAGGGCAACCUCCGAUGCUGUUGUUACUCUUCCGAUGGCAGGUACUUUGCUUGGGCAUCUCCCGAACAGGUUUCGGUUAUUGAUGCCUCCGUCGGCCACAUCAUCACUACUUUGCCUACCCCGAAUGUCUUUGAGUUGGGCUUCUCUCCUCUGGGAACCUAUAUCAUAACUUGGCAGCGCCCUUCGAAGGACGAAGAUGGAAACGCGACAAAGAACCUGAAAGUCUGGCGGACCAUCGCGGGGGAGGAUGAGACCGACGAGAAUAGGAGCGUCGUUGGGCAGUUCGUACAGAAGAAUCAGACCGGCUGGAAUCUGCAAUACACUGCGGAUGAGAAGUUCUGCGCACGUCUCGUCACAAACGAAGUCCAGUUCUACCAGUCCGGAGAUUUGGGAACUGUUUGGAAUAAGCUCCGUGUCGAGGGAGUGGCUGACUUUGCGCUUUCCCCGGGAAAGAACCAUUCAGUUGCUGUUUUUAUGCCGGAGAAGAAGGGCAUGCCCGCUGCCGUCAAAGUCUACCAGGUCCCUCAAUUCAACUCCCCUGUUUCGCAGAAGACCUUCUACAAAGCGGACAAGGUGCAAUUGAAAUGGAAUGCCUUGGGUACGAGCCUGAUUGCUCUCGCACAAACCGAAGUCGAUAAGUCAAAUAUGAGCUACUAUGGCGAGACCAAUCUGUAUAUCCUUAGUGCGAAUGGCACUUUCGAUUCGAGGAUCGACCUGGAUAAACAGGGACCAAUUCACGAUGUGGCCUGGUCACCGAAUUCGAAGGAAUUCGGCGUGGUCUAUGGUUAUAUGCCUGCUAAGACGACCAUUUUCAAUGCUCGCGCGAUCCCCCAGCACAGCUUCGAUCUUGGUCCUCGGAAUACCAUCCUCUUCUCUCCCCACGGUCGGUUCGUACUUGUAGCAGGCUUUGGAAAUUUGGCUGGCCAUAUGGACAUCUACGAUCUUGAAAAGAAUUAUACCAAAGUGUGCACCAUCCAGGCUUCCAAUUGCACUCACUGCGAAUGGAGUCCGGAUGGCAAGCAUAUUCUGACCGCUACUCAAAGCCCCCGCCUACGGGUCGAUAAUGGAAUACGUAUCUGGCACGUAGGCGGUGGUCUUAUGUACAACGAGGAUAUGACGGAGCUGUACCAUGUUACUUGGCGCCCGCUGUCGACACUGCAACACCCCCUUGAGAACCCCCUGCAUCCCGUUCCGACCCCACAUCCCUCCGCUCUUGCAUACCUGAGUACGAUUAAGACUCCCUCGAAACCUGCAGGCGCAUAUCGGCCACCAGGUGCCCGUGGAACUGCCACUCCUCUUCACUUCAAGCGCGAAGACGAGGGCGGCAAUCCAAUCAUCAACGCUGGCAUCUCGUCCACGAGCACGGCAUAUGGGAACGGAAACUCCUUUGGCAGGCCUCGCCGUCAGGUCCCCGGCGCCGAACCCGUGGAACAUCAUCCCCCCGGUGCCGCUCCAGGUGGAGGUGUCAGUCUGACGGGGACUGGAGAAGGUGAUGAGGGACUGUCCAAGGCAGCUCUGAAGAACAAGAAGAAGCGGGAGGCUAAGAAGGCCAAGGAGGCAGCUGAGAAGGCAGCCGGCUUAGCCGCCGAUGGCAUUAAUCCACCCAGCGGACCGGCAGGUCGAAGCCCUGAGCGACGCGACGGUCACAACCGCAGCAGGAGUCGGAAUGGUGGCUUCAGUGGCCAAGAUAAACCUCGAAGUGCUAGCCAGCGCCGUAACUUCACCGGUACCUCUCCUGGGCGCCCUGGAUCUGGAUCUGGAGACCAGGGACACCAAUUUCAGCAACACCAUCACCGGGGUGGAUCUGGCCAUCAUCACCAGCAGCAUCCCAGGGCCGGUCAGGCUGCACCUGCGCCGGCUAAUAUUCAGACGCAGAACCAGGCUCCGCCUGAUGUCACUGUGACGAGCCCUGGCGCCGGUGGUCCUCAGGACAAGAAAGUUAGAAGUCUUUUGAAGAAGAUACGGGCCAUUGAGGAUUUGAAGAUGCGGCAGGCUGGUGGUGAGAAGCUGGAGGAUACCCAGGUCAAGAAGAUUGCCACCGAGGACUCGAUUCGUAAGGAGUUGGAGGCUCUGGGGUUUCAGGGUUAAUAGCCUGUGGCCCAGCCUGACGUAGUACAAGCGACUGCUGUUCUGGAUGAUUGAUAGCUUUGGUUUUCUGCAUGGCAUGGUUGUUCAGCGAGCGCCCUUGUAUGAGACAUAUAUGCAUCAUGGCAAAAAAUGCAGCAUGUAGAGAAAACGGAUACAGAGGAUGUGGAGGGCUAGUUGGAAAGGAGAGGUCCUUGACUCGUAUCAAGGGUUAGCAAACUUGACUGGAACCAGAUGUUGGGUUUCCGUGAUCUUCGAGCCCAUGCAACGAUAUGAG